AUGGAACCGCCGGCGCCCGAGCCGAGGCGCUCCGCGCGGCGGCCGCGCACGAAACCGGCCUACGUCGACGCCGACGCCGAGAUCGAGCCGGCCGGCGGCAAGCGCCGGCGCAGAGCCCGUGGUAAGGGCAAGCCGAAGCAGCCCGAGGCCGCGCCGGCGACGAUGGUCGACGACGACGAUGACGUCUGCGCGUCGGAGCCGGACGAGGAGCAGAUGCGGCUGGCGGAGGAGGAGGAGGAGGCCGCCGCGCUCGAGGCGGAGGAGCAGGCCAAUGCGCAGAAGCUUGGCGCCAGCAAGAGGAGGGCGGCGCCGCCGCCGAGCGCCACGCAGGAGCAGCCGGACGACGCCUCGGAGUCGGAGGACCACUUCGUCGGCGACCCGAUGCCAGACGACGAGGCGCGGCGGCGCUGGCCGGAGAGGUACACGUCCAAGGUAAUACGUAGUCCAUCUCAAUCUCAGUCUGAUGGGGAGGAGAAAAUGAGCGCCCUCUGCCACUACACAUCUGCUCUUGUGGACGAUGCGAAUUUCGACCUCGGCGACGAUGUCUAUGUCCGGGCUGCUCCUGGCGAGAAAGAUUACAUCGGCAGGAUUACAGAAUUUUUUCAAGGAGUUGACCAUGUGUCUUAUUUCUCUUGCCGCUGGUUUUUCCGUGUGGCUGAUACGGUCAUCACUGCGAAGUUGCUGGAGGUUGGUGAUCAUGAACAUGAUGAUAAGCGGGUUUUUCUUUCGGAGCAAAAGGAUGAUAACAAAAUUGAGUCUAUCAUCUCGAAAGUAAAUAUUAUUUAUGUUGGUCCAAAUGUGGCCACGCAGGACAAAGCUCAGCUUAUAGCAAAGUCAGAUUUGUAUUAUGACAUGUCUUAUUCGGAAGCAUAUUCCACAUUUUCUAAUAUGCCACCAGAAAAUAUUGGCGCAACAGGCAGUGAAACAACAUCAGAUAUUUCUUGUGAUGAUGAUUUCUCUUCUAAGGAAAAAGUGAUUGCUGACUUUGCGGCACCACCUGAUGCACAAACGGGAACAGCAACACUGCUGGACCUAUACUCUGGAUGUGGUGCAAUGUCAACCGGUCUUUGCAUGGGUGCAGCAUUGUUUGGCUUAAAAUUCAAUAGAAAAUGGGCUGUAGACAUGAACCCACAUGCUUGCAGCAGUCUAAGGCAUAACCACCCACGUACAGAGGUACGAAAUGAGAAGGCCGAGAAUUAUCUGUCCCUCCUUCAGGAAUGGGAAGCACUUUGCAAGGCAUAUGACGUCUAUAAUAGCAAUUUUCUACCACGGACUUUGAACGAUGAUGAAGUUGAUAUUAAUGUACCUCUCUCAGAGGGUACAUUUGAGGUAGAGAAGUUUGUUGAUAUAUGCUAUGGUGAUCCAAAUAGCACUGGAAAAGAUGGCUUGUGUUUUAAGGUACGGUGGAAAACGUAUGAUUCUAGUCAUGAUAGCUGGGAGCCACUUGAUGGCCUUAGAGAUUCUCCGGAAUGUAUUAAAGAAUUCGUUGAGAGUGGUUAUAGGGAAUCCAUUUUACCCUUGCCUGUACUUCCGAAGUUUCCUCUUCCCACUCAUGAUGCCAUUAGUCGAGGACAACAAGUGCCAACUAAAUUUUCGCAAUGUCUAGUUGCAUGUGAUGAAACUGAAGCUAAGAACGUGGAGGAAGCUCUUGUCCUAAGAGAUGCGUUGUCGGAUUUACCAAAGGUUGGAAACGAUCAACCUAAUGAUGUGAUGCCAUAUAAUAGUAGGCCCAUGACUGAAUUCCAGCGCUAUAUCCGACUCAACCGUAAUGCCAUGAUGGAUGACUCGCUUGGAGAUGCCACUCCUAAGAAAGUUCAGCUAUUUGAUCAUCAGCCGCUUCAGUUGAAUAAGGAUGAUUACGAACCAUUAUUUUUAUGCCAGGGGGCCAACUUCCGUGAUCUGGAAGGUGUACGGGUCCCUGAUUAUGCAAUGUCCUUCAUGAAGGGGAAGUCAUUUAAACCAUUUGGACGCCUGUGGUUGGAUGAAACUGUGUCAACCGUUGUGACGAGAGCCGAGCCUCACAACCAAGCUAUAUUGCAUCCGAAUCAGGACAGAGUUUUGACUGUUCGCGAAAACGCAAGGCUGCAGGGCUUCCCAGAUUACUACAAGCUGGAUGGCCCCAUAAAACAGAAAUAUAUCCAAGUUGGGAACGCUGUUGCUAUCCCUGUUGCUAGGGCUCUGGGGUAUUCCCUUGCACAGGCCUACCAGCAGCGUGAGUUCGAUGGAGACCAGCGCCCCCUGUUCAAACUGCCUGGAAAUUUCUUUCCUGUGGCCAUGGUGGAUGUGAGCCGGCGCCUGGGAGGCACGCUGGUGACCAUGGCGACCCGGCCGAGGAGCGGUCAUCAAAGCCGAGCGGUUUUAGAGCCUGUUGACGGAGCAGCGCCGGCCGAGCUACCGCUCUGCGACAAGCGCGCGUUCGCCGACACCCUUUCGGAGAUGCGAAGGUAG